CCACAUUCCUCUUCUAAAUCUCGCUCAUUAUUCAUAUAUACCCCACAUAUCGCUCACUCUUCUCAACCUGGCUCCAAUUUGCACAGAAUGACUGCACCUCACAACCCGACUGGCAACUCUGUCCCACCUUACACACAGCACGCGAUCUCAGUAUCGCUGCCUACAUGGGCGGAUAACGUUGGAUAUGAAGAAGGCGACCCGAGUGUCGUCAGUCGUAUGCAGACAGGAUACCCGAGGUUUUUUAUCCACUUGAGUAUUCGGAAGCUUGCGAGUAUUUGUGAACAAAAAUUUGGGACGCCCUCCGAAAAUGCUCUCCUCCUUCCCUCCGCACGCACCGCUGAAUUUGCCCGCGCGUUCCUCACUGUCCGUUGUGUCUCAGCACGUGUCGUCCAACUACGCCUCCCUGAUGUCGGUCCAGAUUCAGGCGUGCACGCUGUCCUCUUCCCAGCAGAAUUCUUCCCCGUCGCCAAACAAUUCUGGCAGCAUACCGGCCUCGGAAUUUCCAGCCGCCUUGCUGAGCAUUGUCUUUCAGUGCUUGCCCGUGAUGCGACGACUCAGCCUCCCGCCACAUCUGCACCGUCGAAGACACCGAACAAGCACUACGCUGCAAAGGGCAAGGCGAUCGCAGGAUCGCCGCCUGGGAAUACUACGAUCAGCCGUGGUGGGCCAAAUACAUUAUCUACUCUUGGCGACAAGAGCGACGACUUCGAUGCGGACAUGGCUAGGUUCAUAGAGGAGCGUUAUGGACGCAAUCUCAACGUCUCGUCUGCUUCGAACGCAAAAGUGGCCCUUCGUCGGCGCAUCGCAGGUGUGCUCGUCAACACCGCCGAAAACAGCGAGGCAGAGACCGAGGUCGGGCAGAGUGUCCGAGGGGUACCCGUCACCGAGAACGACGUCUUCUUAUACCCUACUGGCAUGGCGGCCAUUUGGUCUUCACACCAGCUGGCAUUGGGAGCGAUAGGAGAGAGGAAGACCGUAUGUUUUGGUUUCCCAUACACAGACACCUUGAAGACCUUGGAAAAAUGGGGUCCCGGGUGUUAUUUCUUUGGUCACGGUCUGGACGAAACUCUAGAUGAAUUGGAAACCACUCUUUCGACACUGUCGGCGCAGGAUCCAUUGAGACCACCUAUCCUUGCGCUUGUGACCGAAUUUCCGUCUAAUCCACUCCUCCGCUCAGGGAAUCUGCCUCGCCUCCGUCAAUUGGCGGACAAAUACGAUUUCCUCAUCAUAAUCGAUGAGACCAUCGGCAACUUCAUGAAUGUCCAGGUGCUGCAGUAUGCAGAUAUCGUCGUGACGAGCUUGACGAAGGUCUUCAGCGGUGAUUCUAACGUCAUGGGUGGAAGUUUGGUCCUGAACCCAUCCCAGAAACAUUACGAGACUCUCAAGGCCCAUCUCCAGGAAAACUAUGAGGACGUCUAUUUCGACGAAGACGCUAUCUUCAUGGAACGCAACUCGCGCAAUUUUGGCCGCCGUAUCGCCGUCAUCGACGCCAAUGCCGAAGCUGUCUGCGAUCUCCUAUACGCCGCAAAGCAGUCUGCGUCUCCCGCCAUCAAAGAAGUCUACUAUCCGAAAUGGCAGACCGCACACAACUACGAUCAGUGCCGGCUCAAAGGUGUCGACGGACGCAAGGGCGGAUACGGAGGUCUAUUCUCCCUUUCCUUCCACUCCAUGCAGGCUGGGAAGGCGUUCUUCGACAAUCUUCCUUGCUUCAAAGGGCCCAGCCUCGGCACCAACUUUACCCUGGCUUGUCCUUAUGCCAUCCUGGCACACUACACCGAGCUCGAAUGGGCGGCGUCCUUUGGCGUGCCGUCAGACCUCGUGCGCGUGAGCGUUGGAAUGGAGUCUCGGGAAGUUCUUUUGGAUGCCUUCAAGACGGCGUUGAAGGCGGCGGAAGAGGCUCAACAGACGAUCGCCCCGUGAGUGAUGAGGUAGAGUGUCGAGGCUGUUUGUCCAUCCAACUGGACCCUUUUUCUCUGAGGAGUGAGCGAAGCCCAUCCAACUGGUACAAAGCCGUGGUCCAUCCAACUGGACGCGCAUUAUCGCUAGCCCAUCCAACUGGUACUAGCGGGGAGCUGGCCGUGAACUGCAGGAUGCGAGAGACGUAUCUUGGACGGCGCGACGAGAACAAAGGCAUGGAGGAUACAGUGCUUAUUGUUUCAUUUAUGUAGUUGCUGGGAUAUGUGACUGUUAUGACGAGCUUCAGACAGAUACAAGAUACAGUGACAACUUCAUACAGAUAUGCAUUCUUAUAGCAGGAGCCAUAUACAUAGAAAGCCUCACGAGGAGGAAAGGAGGGGAAAAAAUUGAUAGCGACAGACCCAGAGUAGUCUGAAUCGAGUUUCACGCCUUCGUUUCCAGAAGGAGAACGAAAGGCGCGAGCCACAAAUUGCACUGAAGGACAGUACCGAUGUGCACCUCACAAACUCCCAACCCCUCAUACACCAGUGUCAUCAACUCAUGACCAUCGAAACGCAACUGGACAAGGUCCACGUCCCACCAGGGUUUGGCAGACACUCUUUCCUGUAUUAGCCACAACAGCGACAGGUUAUGUCUUCUGAUCUCGUUGGGUAAAGGCGGCAGGUGUGAGUUAUGACCCCCGCUUCUCGCCACGGAUCAUGACUGAAGGGCUAACAUUCGUCCAGGAAAGAGGUUCGACUUGGAGAAGGGUGUUCCCUAAUCAGACUGGAGUGGUGUUCUCCCGGAGGCUCUGAUCGGAGUGGUG